UUGUUCGGGUGGUGAGAGACUGCUGCUCGUCAUGUAACCGCGGCACACUCAAGGUUACGGCUAUUUAACGCACGGUACGACAGAAUGGCCCCAUAUCGGACAAGUAUCGGCUGGUCAGUCACAUUUUGACAGGAUGCAUAUCGCAGAUUUUGUGUCUGGAUCAUUUGCAGGGGCAUGUGGAGUUGCAGUGGGCUACCCUCUGGACACUGUGAAGGUCCGGAUUCAAACCCAAAAGCAGUUCACCGGAAUAUGGCAGUGUACUGUAGCAACAUUUUCAAAUGAAGGGAUGCAUGGCUUCUUCAAAGGCAUGUCCUUACCUAUCACCACAAUCUCUAUGACUUCCUCUGUGGUGUUCGGCACAUACAGGAAUUGCCUGCAAUGUCUGAGCCAGGCGCGAGGAGCUGGUUGUGGUCCAAACACCAAACAAGAAGUCUUCCUGUCUGGUUUGGCAGGGGGUAUAGCUCAGAUAUCAGUGAUGUCUCCAGGUGACAUAGUGAAGGUACGUUUACAGUGUCAGACAGAGUCCAAGCGAGGAGGAAGCAACAUGCCCAGACCCAAGUAUCAUGGUCCAGUUCACUGUCUGCUGAGCAUUAUCAAAGAGGAGGGUGUCCUGGGGCUCUACAGAGGGGCUUUCCCACUCAUGCUAAGAGAUGGGCCAUCAUAUGCCACAUACUUUUUAACCUACAAUACCAUCUGUGAAUGGUUGACAGAGAAUGGAAAGAAAAGGCCAGAUUGGAGUGGUGUGAUGCUGGCAGGUGGUAUAGCAGGAAUGGCAGGUUGGACUUUAGGUACACCCAUGGACGUGAUCAAAGCCCGUCUUCAGAUGGAUGGAGCACGGGAGAUGAAGAAAUAUAAGGGUUUUUUCCACUGCAUCACUGAGACGGCGCGGGUGGAAGGAUCAGGCGUGUUCUUCAGGAGCUUAGGCAUCAACUGGCUGCGUGCAUUCCCCGUCAACAUGGUUGUGUUCGUCACAUACGAGGCCCUCACUGGUUUCCUCCAAGCUGGACCUGACCGUGUUGACCCACCUCGUAUAGGUUUUGAAUAGUAUUGACUACCUCUAUUUUAUCAUAUUCUGUUGUGUUUAAUCCUGAUGUUUGUUUUUACCAGGACAUACUUAAUUGCAUUGCAUUAUUUUUAAGUAAUUUAAAUUUCCACAGCCAUCAUUGGAGUUGUCUGUUACAUGUAUGGCUUAAUAUUCAGUUAGACAGGGUCAUGAAUCCUAAUAUGCUCAGGGAUACUUUCUCAGUAACGGGCACAGCUGGCAAAAGAGUAUGAACCAGUAACCCUCUGACCACUAGAUGGCCCCCCUGGCCAGCCUUUUAACUUAUUUCGCUCUAGGCUUAUGGCAAGAAAAGUGUUUCCAUGACUGGAGUCAUUUUUCACCAGAAUAGGGUAUCAAGACACUUGAAGUGGAGCUAUAUUUGACUGUAUUCAAGACUAUUUAAGGCCUUGAAUUUAGAAUAUUUGAAUGAGCUGCAGUACGCACACAUAAAUAAGCAAGAAGCCCGUCCAGGCCCACACAGCAUAUUAGUUUAUUAUUAUGUACAUGUCUCUAGCUGAAUAGCAAAAUGGUAGCGCUGGAUGAUCUGGAUUAAACAAAAUAUCAUGAUAUUUUAAACCUUGAUUAACUGGAAUGUUUUUAUGAAUAGAAUCAUGAAUGUAGAGUCAGUAUUAUCAUAUUCUCUGAAACACUACAACAAUAGCUGUUGUUACGACCAACAAGGAAGUCAUCACAACAAGUUCUUAAUAACAAUGGAGUACAUCUAUUAACUUAUUUGUCUUGUACUUUCUUCUUAUCAAAUAUUCAUAGAAUCCUUCUCAUGUUUGAUCAUUCCACCAAAUAAAAAACACAUUGACAUGAACUAUAGUACUGCUACUGACAAAUGUGUAGACAAUUGGGUUCAGAAGUGAGGGGCCCAGUGAAGUCAUGGUUCUUAAACCAGGAGAAAAUAUGACAGUGAGUGUGACAGUGAUAUGACAGUAAUAAUUCUUGCAUUGAUUUAUGUCAUAAUGAAAAUGCUCAUUGUGCCUUCAAUAAUAAAGGUAGUAAUAAAAUGA